UGCCUAGUUUUCCUAAUUAGUGUCUUUUUAGAAUUUUAGACAGAAUUGAACAUAGCAAAGUAAUGUCCCGAACACUAAUAUGGGCUAUUCUCGACUCGGAGCAUACACAAAAAUGCAUGCACUAUGCGUCCGACAUCUGCGAGAUUAGACCUAUUUUACGGGACUGCAAUGAAAGUAAGCAAGACAGCUUUCUAAAAAUUAAGGAGCGAAAUGAAGGUCAGAUUCGAAUUCUUUUAGAUCUCUACGCUCACUUGAUUGUCUUUGCGAAGAACCAUUCUUUGACUGCCGACAAAAUUAGCACUCUGGUGGCAAUUGUUCACCAAUUGCACGAGCAAAGCAUGUCCGAGCGUCUUACACGCGCUGGGUCGUACGAUUUACUUCGAAAACUCAUGAUUCAGCAUAGUGUCGCUCGUCCGCCGUAUUCCACUGCAAUCUUUACUCUUGAAGACGUCCAAGCCAUCGACGAGUACCUUCUUUCUACUUACUAUCGACAUUAUAAGAUGUAUAUCUAUGCCUUCGUUCCAAAGCAAAUCAAGAGUAUACAAAUGAUGCACCUUGGAGCGACAACAGAGAUUCCGCCCACCUCCCUCCCGCCUCUCAUGGAGGCGCUUUCCGAGAGCUCGUGGAAGAAUAAAGUUGAGGAGGCCGAGCGGGAACGGGAAAAUGAAAUGUUAAAGCAAGAGGAUGACCGGUCAGCUGCCAUGAACGCGUUUUUAGAGCAAGAGUCUUCCCUGAAUGAUCCAGUAUAUAAAGCCGGCAUUAGGGAGCAGCUGCAGGCCAUUCGCGAAGCCGUGUGUCAACGCUCUUUAGGUUGUUUAGACGCUUUGGAGCAGAAAAUUUCUGUUCUAGAAUCCAAAUUAAACACUAAUGUGCGAGGAAGCACCCCAGUCUCUAGGGAUCGAAAGAGGAAAUAGCUUGAUGCUAGUCUCUACGUAAAAGCAUGCGUGCGGAUUUUCCAUGUCGCUUCUUUUUCCGUCUUAUGUUUGCGAGGAGCGGGCAAUAGUUAUGUAAACUAACUUUUGUUGUUGUAUUGAAUCAUUAGGAAGCAUUAUACUCCUUCCCACUCACAAUUGCAUAGACGCUUGU